UUUGACUUUUCUUUCUUUCACUCGCAUAUCCUAGUCUAUUCUCGAUUGCGCACGUUUAUUCACCCGCUCGUCAGUCAUUUUCGGCCUUCUGCCAUUGUUUAAGUUUGUUUACUCUGAAGGUUUUUUUUUUCCCAUGCCAACUUUUCCUCAACUGUAGAGAGAAGGUAGGAGGAGCCGUUUGGAGCAGUGUGCCUCUCUCUCUCUUUCUCACACACACACACACACACACACACACUCUCUCUCUCUCUCUCUCCUUCUGACACUGCCGCUACAUGCGUCAGACCGGAGUCUGUUCACUUCCAAGCAAGUCUGACUAAAGGGUGGAACAGUACUCUUUUGACUUAGUUUUUGGAGUUUUCUUUAAGUUUCCUCUGUUUCCUCGCUCUCAAAGGCAACAAGAAGAGAGUGAAGAAGCAAUAAGAGAGAAUAAGAGGAUUUAUUCAUACUUUUUGUGAUUGGAUUGAAAAGCACUUGGCACGCGGUUUUAGCCACUGGACCCUUUCACAGACUGAGAAGUGAGGUCAUCCUGAAAUUCAUUCUCCCUUGGCGGAGUGGCUCCAGCUUUGUUAGUCGUACUUUGAAGGGACAUACCCACACACACACACACUCACACACAAAUACACACACACACACAGAGCAACAAUGGUGGCCGGAAUGGUGAUGCCCUUGGUGGACUUGAGGGUCAUCUACGAGCUCCUGUUUCGCGAUGGCGUCAUGGUGGCCAAGAAGGACAAGCGGCCCCAGACCAAGCACCCAGAGAUCCCCAGCGUGGGAAACCUGCAGGUGAUCCGCGCCAUGGCCUCCCUCAAGUCCAGGGGCUACUUGAGGGAGACGUUCGCCUGGAGGCACUUCUAUUGGUACCUGACCAACGAGGGCAUUGUUUACCUGCGCGACUACCUCCGUCUGCCUGCUGAGAUCGUCCCCUCUUCCCUGCAAAGGGUUCGCCGUCCAACAGCCACCUUGGCCGUUGCCCAAAGGGCAGCGCGUGGGGUCCAGUCAGUGGACGGCCCCACAUCUUAUGUCCCCAAACCUGGCAGGGAAGAGAGUCAGGAGGCGAUGGCUGAGCGCCAGGUCUACCGACACAGGAGGCUGGACGCAGCUGAGGAGGAAGGCCCCUCAGACCGAACGCCAAGGUUCAGAGGUCGCCCCGUGGCCACCGAGCCGGUCAGACCAAGAGCACCAUGGGUAUCUGAGGCCCAGGCCCAGCCUCCCCUGAGGAAGGCACAGGGCUUCCACACUGAGGCUUCAAUGAUGGAGGAAAGCCAGGGGAAGAGGGCAUCCACGGUUACCUUCUCUCAGACCACUGAGGCUAGUAGCAGAAAAGCAGUGAUGUCCCCCCAGGAGAAGAUCAUCACUAAGGUCCAUGCAGAAAGGCCCCAGGUGUUUCCGGUUCAGAAAAAUUCUACUUCAACACAUGAAUCACAGGUCAGCAUCAAGUCAGUCUCCUCCAAAACAGCCCUCCCAUUAGCUGUUACUGCAAUGACUAGUGCUGCAGUAGCUGGGGCUGCAGCAGUGAAGGUCUCAGCUGAAUCCUCUUUCAAUGAAGCGGGUGAAGAGAAGCCCAAGAAAGCUGCAGCAGCGACCAUCCCUGAGGAGACCCCCAAAGUCUCUGCUGAACCUGUCCCCAGUAAGCCAGCCAUCCCAGCACCCCUGCCCCGUACUAAAAAGGUUAAGGAGGAGAAAAAAACAGAAGUGAAGGUAAUUCCAGAACCCAAGAAAGCAUCAGAAAUGACUGUCCCCCAAGAGACCCCAAAGCUCUCAGCCGAACCCACCAAAUCAUUCAAAGUUGACAUCACUGCUCACUUACCAGUGGUCAAUGGCAAUGUUGUUAUUGAGAAGGUUAUCGAAACUAAGAAAGUGAUGAUUGAAGAUGGCUCCAAAUCAAAGAAGAAAAAAGCAACAGCGAAGGCUGUGAUUGCUGAACCACCUGUCACAAAGGUGUCCCCAGAAAAAGGACUGAAGACCCCAGAGGAAGAGACACAGGAGCCUGCCAAACCCCCACCAGCUAUGGCAUUGUCAAUAACGCCCAAGGGACCAGAAUCCACGAAAGAAACUAAGGCAGAGGUUCGAAGAGAAACUAAGGCUGAGGUUCGAAGAGAAACUAAGGCUGAGGUUCGAAGAGAAACUAAGGCUGAGGUUCGAAGAGAAACUAAGGCAGAGGUUCGAAGAGAAACUAAGGCUGAGGUUCGAAGAGAAACUAAGGCAGAGGUUCGAAGAGAAACUAAGGCUGAGGUUCAAAAAUCAAAUGAGGCUGAUCGCCAGACCUCCAAACCAGUAGUGGAACAGAGCAACACGAAAUCUGUAGUAUUACAAGAUGCACCCCUUCCCGUUGCAACCCCUCCAGCUGAGCCUCCAAUCACUGUCCAAGUGCAGGAGAAGGCUGAGACAACCAAUAAAGUGACCUCAGGCUCAUCUGGAAAAAUAUCCCACAGGUCAAAGAUGAGUGUCACUAAAGUGGAAAUGGUGACAGUGCCGAAGACCAUAAAGAUGGAGACGACACAGGAAGCCCUCAAACCUGUGGAGAUGACUUUUACACUGCCACUGCAACCACCUCAACCUGCCAUAGUGCCGGAGGCUAAAGCCCCUAUAGAAACAACUGUGGUUGAUUCAUCAAAGGCAAAAAAAGCUAAAAAGAAAAAGCAGGUUUCUUCCCUAGACCUUGAAACCACAAAACCAUUAUCCCCACCUGCAGCUGAAACGUUAUCAGCAACAGAGGUGCCGCUGACCAGGGCCACCGUCAAGGGUGACCUCCCAAACACCCCCGGGGCAAAAGUAAUGGACUGCUGUCCAAAGAUGCCUCCGGAAAGAAUGUGGUCUGAGGAAACCAGCGUGGCAGCAGCUGUGCAGGCUGGGUCCCCUGCUUUAGACAAAGGGGAGGCGGAGCCUGCCCAGCUCUCUGCUGAAAAAAUCAAACGGGAGGACCCGAAACCAAAAACCUCCUCUGCGAGGGAAGCACCCGUUGCAGCCCGAGAGACAGCGUCAGCCAGAGCCGAGGCACGGGCCAGCCUCCACACUGAGCAGGGGGAGCUUCCCAGAGUUGUUGCACAACACUCAGCCGCUCUAGCAGCAGCACAGAGCACAGAGGAGGAGAAGAAGAAAAGUCUAUCUGUUCCUCCCAAGGCCUUGGAGAAGGACAAGGAACCCCCACAGGCCCCUGCUACCACUGCAGCCACAGCCCCUCUGCCAGCACAGCCUCACCUGGAGGACACCAGUGACCAGCCUGUAGACGAGGCCAACAUGAGGAAGAAGAUAGUAGUGGUGGAGGAGGUGAUUGAGGUGCAGCACAUAAAUAGCCCACAGGCAGUGGCUGGAGGAGAGGUUCCUCCUCCUGUUGUACCUGAGAUAGCAGGGCAAGAACUGGACUUUGAUGUCCUGCACGCACUGGCCAUCGAACGGGCUCUCCUGGCCAGGGGAGCGGUGGUCGAGUCCACCCAGAGCACCAUCUCCGACGAUGACUGGGACCACUCUCUGGACGUACCCGAGGAGAAGACCUUCCCCAACUUCAUAGAAGAUGAACGGGAUCGAGUACAGAAAAAGACCUUCACAAAAUGGGUGAACAAACACUUGAUAAAGUCACAGAGUCAGGUGACUGAUUUGUAUGAAGAUCUGAGAGAUGGACACAACCUGAUCUCCCUCCUGGAGGUCCUCUCUGGGGAGACACUGCCUAGAGAGAAAGGCCGCAUGAGAUUCCACAAGCUGCAGAAUGUACAGAUUGCACUGGACUUCCUCAAACACCGACAGGUCAAGCUGGUGAACAUCAGAAACGAUGACAUCGCGGAUGGCAACCCCAAGCUGACCCUUGGGCUGAUAUGGACCAUCAUCCUUCACUUCCAGAUCUCGGACAUCCAGGUGAAUGGCCAAUCAGACGACAUGUCGGCCAAGGAGAAGCUGCUGAUGUGGUCCCAGCGCAUGGUGGAUGGCUACCAGGGCAUCCGCUGUGACAACUUCACCACCAGCUGGAGGGACGGCAAGCUCUUCAGCGCCGUCAUCCACAAACACCAGCCUAGACUCAUUGACAUGAGUAAGGUGUACCGCCAGACCAACGUGCAGAACCUUGAGUACGCCUUCAACGUGGCCGAGACGGACCUGGGCGUGACACGCCUGUUGGAUCCAGAGGAUGUUGACGUGCCACACCCUGAUGAGAAGUCCAUCAUCACCUACGUGUCGUCCCUGUAUGACGCCAUGCCCCGGGAUGUCCAGGAUGGAAUCCAGGCUAACGAGCUGGAGCUGCGCUGGACAGAGUACUAUGAGCUGGUCACUAUCAUUCGGCAGUGGAUAAGCCACCAUGUCGUUAUCUUCGGCGAGAGGAGGUUCCCAGGCAGCUAUGAGGAGAUAGAGAUCCUGUGGCGUCAGUUCUUGAAGUUCAAAGAGACAGAACUGCCUGCAAAGGAGGCCGACAAGCACCGUUCCAAACUCAUCUACCAGUCCUUUGAGAGUGCAGUGCAUGCUGGUCAGGUCAAGGUUCCUCCAGGCUACCAUCCCAUUGAUGUGGAGAAGGAAUGGGGCCGUCUGCACGUGUCCAUCCUUGAGAGAGAACGACUUCUCAGGACAGAGUUUGAGAGACUAGAGAGACUCCAGAGGAUCGUCAGUAAAGUCCAGAUGGAGUCCGGUGUGUGUGAGGAGCAGCUCAACCAGCUGGAGACCCUGCUGCAGACGGACAUCCGUCUCCUGAGUGCAGGGAAGCCGGCUCAGCACACUGCCGAGGUGGCGCGGGACCUGGACAAGGCAGACGGCAUGAUCCGCCUGCUCUUCAACGACGUGCAGCUGCUCAAAGAUGGGCGCCACCUGCAGGCCGAGCAGAUGUACCGCAGGGUGUACCGCCUUCACGAGCGUCUUGUGAACCUGCGCACCGAUUACAACCUGCGUCUCAAGUCGCAGAUGACGACCACCCAGAUGAUCCAGACCCAGACCAUCCAGCAGUCGUCCUCCAGGGUGCGUCCCGAGCUGGACGAGGUGACCCUGCGUUACGCCCAGGACCUGCUGACCUGGGUGGAGGAGAGUCAGAGGCGGAUUGACGAGGCCGAGUGGGGCUCGGACCUGCCCACUGUGGAGUCUCAGUUGGGCAGCCACCGGGGCCUACACCAGACUGUGGAGGACUUCCGCGCCAAGAUCGAACGGGCCAAGGCUGACGAGAGCCAGCUAUCCCCAGUCAGUAAGGGGAUGUACAGUCAAUACCUGGGUAAACUGGACCUUCAGUAUGCCAAGCUGCUGAACUCCUCCAAGUCUCGUCUGCGUAACCUGGACUCGCUCUAUAUGUUUGUCAGCGCGGCCACCAAGGAGCUAAUGUGGCUCAACGACAAAGAGGAGGAGGAGGUCAACUACGACUGGAGCGACCGCAACACCAACAUGACCGCCAAGAAAGACAACUACUCGGGUCUGAUGCGUGAGCUGGAGCUGAGAGAGAAAAAAGUUAACGACAUCCAGGGCACAGGAGACAAGAUGCUGAAGGAGGGCCACCCUGGCAAGAAAACAGUGGAGGCCUUCACAGCAGCCCUGCAGACUCAGUGGAGCUGGAUCCUGCAGCUGUGUUGUUGCAUCGAGGCUCACCUCAAAGAGAACACAGCGUACUACCAGUUCUUUUCGGACGUGAAAGAAGCUGAGGAGACGAUGAAGAAGAUGCUGGAGACGAUGAAGAAGAAGUACAGCUGCGAUCGCACCACUACGGCCACGCGACUGGAGGACCUGCUGCAGGAUGCUAUGGAGGAGAAGGAACAGCUGAACGAGUUUAAGACUCAUGUGGCCGGCCUGAGCAAGAGGGCCAAGACCAUAAUCCAGCUGAAGCCCCGUAACCCCACCAAGUCCAUCAAGGGCAAACUGCCCAUCCAGGCCGUGUGCGACUUCAAACAGAUGGAGAUCACCGUCCAUAAGGGAGAGGAGUGUGCCCUCAUCAACAACUCCCCACAGCCCAACAAGUGGAAGGUUCUGAACCGCUCAGGCAUUGAGGCGGUGGUGCCUUCAGUCUGCCUCCUGGUUCCACCUGUCAACAAGGAGGCUAUGGACAGUGUGUCCAGUCUGGACUCUGGUCACCAGUCGAUGCUGCUCCUGUGGCAGAGAAUGCAUGUGGACAUGAAGAGCAUGCUGUCCUGGCAGUACCUGACGAGAGACAUCACACAGAUACGUACCUGGAACAUCACCAUGUUUAAGACCAUGAAGGUGGAGGAGUACAGGCUGAUUAUGAGGAACCUGGAGCUUCACUAUCAGGACUUCAUGCGUGACAGUCAGGAUUCGCAGCUGUUUGGGCCGCAUGACCGCAUGCAGAUGGAGGGCGACUACUCGAAGACCACACAGUACUACGACAACCUUCUGCGCUCUGUGGAGAAAGGUGAGCAGGACGAGUCGAUGUGUGUGACCUACAUCACCCAUAUCAAGGACCUGCGUCUACAGAUAGAGGACUGCGAGGCUCGUACCGUGGCCCGCAUCCGCAAGCCCGUGGACAAGGACCCCAUCCAGGACUGUGCCCAGAAGACCACCGACCAAAAGAAAGUCCAAGUGGAGCUUGAGGGGAUCAAGAAGAACCUGGACCAGGUGGCCGUGAAGACCGAGGAGGUUCUGAGUACCACUCCUCAGCAGUCCAGCACUGCCCCUGUCCUGCGCUCUGAACUGGACUUCACCCUGAAGAAGAUGGACCACGCCUACAUCCUCUCCUCUGUCUAUCUAGAGAAGCUGAAGACGGUGGACGUGGUCAUCCGCAACACGCAGGGGGCCGAGGGCGUUCUGAAGAAGUACGAGCAGCGACUGCGCGAGGUCCAAACGGUGCCCAAUGACGUUAAGGAGGUGGAGAUGUACCGCACCCAGCUCAAGAAAAUGCGCGCUGAAGCGGAGGGUGAAAAGCCUGCAUUCGAUUCUCUGGAGGGCGAGCUCGCCAAGGCAGCAGCCGUGAGCGAGAAGAUGUCUCGUGUGCACAGUGAGCGUGACGCUGAGUUGGACCACUACCGUCAUCUCCUGUCCGGUCUCCAGGACCGCUGGCAGGCUGUGUUCUCCCAGAUGGACCUGCGUCAGCGGGAGCUGGAGCAGCUGGGUCGCCAGCUGGGUUACUACAGAGAGAGCUACGACUGGCUCAUCCAGUGGAUCGGUGAGGCCAAGCAGAGGCAGGAGAAGAUCCAGGCCGUGUCCAUCAGCGACAGCAAGACUCUGAAGGAGCAACUGGCCCAGGAGAAGAAACUUCUGGAAGAGAUUGAGCAAAACAAAGAGAAAGUUGACGAGUGUCAGAAAUAUGCUAAGGCAUAUAUCGACACUAUCAAGGAUUAUGAACUUCAGUUGGUGGCCUACAAAGCACAGGUGGACCCUCUCUCACCCCUGAAGAAAACCAAAAUGGAUUCGGCCUCAGAUAACAUAAUUCAAGAGUACGUGACGCUAAGAACCCGCUACAGCGAGCUGAUGACUCUGACCAGUCAGUACAUCAAGUUUAUCACCGACACACAGCGCCGCCUGGAGGACGAGGAGAAAGCUGCUGAGAAAAUGAAAGCGGAAGACAGGAAAAAAAUGGCAGAGAUGCAGGCUGAGUUAAACAAACAGAAGCAGCUAGCUGAAUCUCAUGCAAAGGCCAUUGCCAAGGCCGAGCAGGAAGCUCAAGAGCUGAAGCUCAUGAUGCAGGAGGAAGUCAGCAGGAGACAAGUUGUGUCUGUAGAUGCAGAAAAGCAAAAGCACAAUAUCCAGCUGGAACUACAUGAGCUCAAAAAUCUCUCAGAGCAGCAGAUCAAGUCCAAGAGUCAACAGGUAGAAGAAGCCAAUCAGAGCAGAGUCAAGAUUGAGGAGGAAAUCCGUAUCAUCAGGAUCCAGCUGGAGACUACUGUCAAACAGAAGUUUACAGCUGAGGAUGAGCUCAAGCAGCUCCGGGAAAAAGCGUCUGAAGCCGAGAGGCUGAGGAAGCUUGCACAGGAGGAGGCUGAGAAGCUCCGCAAACAGGUCAACGAGGAGACCCAGAAAAAACGCAAGGCAGAGGAAGAGCUCAAGUUAAAGUCUGAGGCUGAGAAGGAGGCAGCCAAGCAGAAGCAGAAGGCUCUGGAAGACCUUGAGAAGCUAAAGAUGCAGGCAGAGGAGGCGGAGAGACGCAUGAAGCAAGCUGAAGUGGAGAAGGAGAGGCAGAUCAAGGUUGCCCAGGAGGUGGCACAGAAGAGUGCUGCCACCGAACUCCAGAGCAAACGCAUGUCCUAUGUUGAAAAGACAUCAAAGCUGGAGGAAUCACUCAAACUAGAGCAUGUCACCGUCAUCCAGCUGCAGGAGGAGGCAGCUCGUCUCAAGAAGCAACAGGAAGAGGCUGAUAUGGCCAGGGAGGAGGCGGAGAAGGAGUUAGAGAAAUGGAGGCAGAAGGCCAAUGAGGCACUCCGCUUAAGGCUCCAGGCUGAGGAAGAAGCCCACAAAAAGAGUCGUGCCCAGGAGGAUGCCGAGAAACAGAAGGAGGAUGCUGAGCGUGAGGCCAGGAAGAGGGCUAAAGCUGAGGAGUCAGCACUCAAACAGAAAGAUAUGGCAGAGCAAGAGCUGGAGAGGCAGAGGAGGAUAGCUGAGGGAACUGCUCAGCAGAAACUCUCAGCAGAACAGGAGCUAAUCCGGCUAAGGGCAGACUUCGACCAUGCUGAGCAACAGAGAUCCCUGCUUGAUGACGAGCUGUACCGCCUGAAGAAUGAAGUCAGUGCAGCUGAGCAGCAAAGGAAACAGCUCGAAGAUGAACUGGCCAAAGUGAGGAGUGAAAUGAAUAUACUCCUGCAGCUAAAGUCCAAGGCAGAAAAGGAGAGCAUGUCCAACACUGAGAAGAGCAAACAGCUCCUUGAAUCUGAAGCUGCAAAAAUGAGGGACCUUGCUGAGGAGGCCGGCAAACUUAGAUCCAUCGCUGAGGAAGCCAAGCGACAAAGGCAAGUUGCUGAGCAAGAAGCAGCUCGUCAAAGAGUUGAAGCUGAAAGGAUCCUCAAAGAGAAGCUUGCUGCCAUUAACGAGGCAACUCGCAUGAAGACUGAAGCAGAGAUUGCCCUCAAAGAAAAAGAGGCUGAGAAUGAGCGACUCAGACGACAAGCUGAGGAUGAAGCUUACCAGAGGAAAGCUCUGGAGGACCAAGCCAGCCAGCACAAGCAAGAUAUUGAAGAAAAGAUCAAUCAACUCAAGAAGUCAUCUGAGAAUGAGUUGGGAAGACAAAAGACACUUGUAGAUGAAACUCUCAAGCAGAGACGAGUGGUUGAGGAGGAAAUUCGCAUUCUCAAGCUAAACUUUGAGAAAGCCUCAUCUGGCAAGCUUGAUUUGGAGCUGGAGUUGAAUAAACUGAAAAACAUUGCAGAGGAAACACAACAGAGUAAACUCCAAGCUGAAAAAGAGGCUGAGAAACACAGGAAACUUGCCCUGGAGGAGGAGAAACGCAGGCGCGAAGCAGAGGACAAGGUCAAAAAGAUCACUGCUGCAGAGGAAGAAGCAGGCAGACAGUGCAGAAAUGCGCAGGAGGAAGUGGAGCGCCUCAAGAAAGCAGAUGAAGCCAAAAAGCAGAAAGAGGAUGCUGACAAGGAAGCAGAAAGACAGAUCCUCGUAGCCAAACAAGCAGCACAAAAAUGCAAUGCAGCAGAACAGCAAGUUCAGAGUGUCCUUGUCCAACAGAAGGAGGACAACCUCACGCAGAAACAGCUCAAGGAAGAGUAUGAGAAAGCCAAGAUGCUUGCGAAACAGGCGGAGCUUGCCAAGGAAAAGGCAGAGAAGGAGGCUGCUCUUCUCCGGCAACAAGCUGAGGAUGCAGAACGCCAAAAACAGGCCGCUGAACUCGAAGCUUCCAAUCAAGCCAAAGCUCAAGAAGAAGCCGUGAAAUUGAGAAAGGAGGCAGAGUUCGAAGCUGCCAAGCGAGCGCAGGCUGAGGCUGAUGCAAUCAAACAGAAACAACAAGCAGAUGCUGAGAUGGAAAAGCACAAAAAGCUUGCAGAGAAAACAGUGAGUCAAAAGGCUCAGGUAGAGAAAGAGCUCACAAAGGUCAGGCUUCAGCUGGAUGAAACUGACAAGCAAAAAUCUGUCUUAGAUGAGGAGCUGCAGCGCUUAAAGGACGAAGUCGGUGAUGCUGUCAAGCAGAAGGCCCAGGUGGAAGAGGAGUUAUUCAAAGUCAAGAUUCAGAUGGAGGAGCUGGUCAAACUGAAACUCAAAAUUGAGCAGGAGAACCAGCGUCUUAUCAAAAAGGACAAGGAUAACACUCAGAAAUUCCUGGCCGAGGAAGCUGAGAACAUGAAGAAGCUUGCAGAAGAAGCUGCCAGACUCAGUGUGGAAGCCCAGGAGGCUGCACACAUGAGACAGAUCGCUGAAUCUGACCUCUCCCAACAGAGGGCACUUGCAGAGAAGAUGCUAAAGGAGAAGAUGCUUGCCAUUCAGGAAGCAUGUAAACUGAAAGCAGAGGCAGAGAUGCUCCAAAGACAGAAGGACCUGGCUCAAGAGCAGGCCCAGAAGCUGCUUGAGGAUAAACAACUGAUGCAGCAGCGUCUUGAGGAAGAGACUGAGGGCUUCCAGAAAUCCUUGGAAGCUGAGCGCAGGAGACAGCUGGAGAUCACCGCCGAAGCUGAAAACCUCAAAGUCAAAGUGUCCCAACUAAGUGAUGCUCAGUCCAAAGCAGAGAAUGAGGCCAAGAAAUUCAAGAAGCAAGCAGAUGAGAUUAGUGCCCGUCUUCAUCAGACAGAGCUAGCAACUAAAGAGAAAUUGACUGUUGUAGAGAAACUUGAAGUGCAGCGACUGAGCAGCAACAAAGAGGCUGAUGAGUUACGCAAAGCCAUCGCUGAUCUAGAAAAGGAGAAGGACAAACUGAAAAAGGAGGCCGAAGACCUACAGAAUAACUCUAAAGAGAUGGUCAAUGCUCAGCAGAAACAAAUCCAACACGAGAAGACAGUACUCCAGCAGACAUUCACCACAGAGAAGGCGGCGCUGUUGAAGAAAGAGAAACAAAUUGAAGAGGAGAAGAAGAAGCUAGAGAACCAGUUUGAGGAAGAGGUCAAGAAGGCCAAGGCCCUCAAAGAAGAACAGGAACGGCAGAGGAAGCAAAUGGAGGAGGAGAAGAAUCAACUUCAGGCUACCAUGGAUGCUGCCCUCAACAAACAAAAAGAGGCUGAGAAAGAAAUGCUCAACAAGCAAAAAGAGAUGCAGGAGCUUGAAAGGAAACGACUUGAACAGGAAAAGCUGCUUGGCGAGGAGAACAAGAAACUUCGCGAGAAACUGCAGCAGCUCGAGGUCGCCCAUAAAGAGCCAAUCUCCCACACCAGAGAAAUCGAUAUCCAGACUGACAAUGUGCCUGAGGAUGAACUGAUCCAUAUGACCAUGGUGGAGACAUCAAAGCAGGUUAUCAAUGGCCAAAGUGUUGGGGAUGAGGUUGACAGUAAGAAGGAUACAUUGUCUUUUGAUGGCAUCCGCGAGAAAGUACCUGCAAGCAGACUUUAUGAAGUUGGCCUUUUGACGAAAAAGGAGUUUGAUAAGCUGAAGAAUGGCAAAGCUACCGUACAAGACCUCAGCCAAACUGAUAAGUUAAGAACAAUUCUGCAGGGCAAGAACUGUAUAGGGGGUGUCUUGACACAGUCUAAUCAGAAAAUGGCAAUAUAUCAAGCUAUGAAAGAAAAGAAACUGACUCCUGGUUGUGCUUUGAUCCUCCUGGAGGCACAGGCAGCCUCUGGCUAUGUAGUCGACCCAGUUAGAAACAAGAAACUCUCGGUCAGUGAGGCUGUGAAGGAAGGCCUGAUCGGACCUGAGCUGCACAACAAAAUGCUGUCUGCUGAGAGAGCUGUCAUUGGUUACAAAGACCCUUACACCAGUAACAAGAUCUCACUCUUUGAAGCUAUGAAGAAGGGCUUGAUUGACAGAGACCAUGCCAUUAGGCAACUUGAGGCUCAGAUAGCUACUGGUGGACUCAUUGAUCCCAUAAACAGCCACCGUGUGCCCAUCGAGACUGCAUACAAACAGGGGCAGUUUGAUGCUGAGAUGAACAAGAUACUGGAGGACCCUUCGGAUGACACCAAGGGAUUCUUUGAUCCUAACACCCAGGAGAACUUAACAUACCAUCAGCUAAUGCAGAGAUGCAGCACAGAUCCAGAGACAGGACUGCUGCUCCUGCCCAUCACUGACAAGGCUGCUCUGAGCACAUCAACCUACACAGAGGAGGAGACCAAGGAUGUGUUCGGCAAGACGACCGUCUCUGUGCCAUUCGGAAAAUUCAAAGGAAAGACUGUAACUAUCUGGGAAAUCAUCAAUUCGGAGUACUUUACCGAGGACCAGAGAAAGGAUCUUAUUCGUCAGUACAAGACAGGAAAGAUCACAGUGGAAAAAAUCAUCAAGAUUGUUAUCACCAUGGCAGAGGAAAAGGAAAAAAAGAAUGAAAUCACUUUUGAGGGUCUGAGGGGACCUGUCCUUGCUACUGAACUACUGGAGUCCAAGAUAAUCGACAAAGACCUGUACAACAAGCUGCACACAGGCAAUAAAACAAUCAAAGAGGUGUCUGAAAUGGAGCCUGUUCACAAAUCCUUGAAGGGUACAAACUGCAUUGCAGGUGUAGUUAUUGACUCAACUAAGGAGACUAUGUCUUUCUAUCAAGCCAUGAAGAAGAAUAUGAUGAGGGUAGGGCCUGCUUUAACUCUGCUGGAAGCACAAGCAGGAACAGGAUUUGUUGUUGAUCCUAUAAAGAAUCAGAAGUUCACUGUCGAUGAAGCUGUGAAAGCAACUGUCAUUGGUCCUGAGCUGCAUGAAAAACUACUGUCAGCUGAAAGAGGUGUUACAGGCUACAAAGAUCCUUACACAGGAAAGACUGUGUCUUUGUUCGAAGCAAUGAAAAAAGAACUCAUUCCAAAAGAUCAGGGCAUCAGACUCCUAGACGCGCAGCUUGCAACAGGAGGUAUCAUUGAUCCAGUGAAAAGCCACCGCAUCCCACAUGAUGUUGCCUGUAAACGAGGCUUCUUUGAUGAUGAAAUGAAGCGUAUUCUGAAUAAUCCAACUGAUGACGUUAAAGGCUACUUUGACCCCAACACACAGGAAAAUGUCACAUACUCACAGCUAUACAAGAGAUGUGUCACUGACAAUAAAUCUGGCCUUCAGCUUCUUCCUCUGUCUGAGAAAGCAAUCAAUGCAAAGGAAGAGCAUACAUACACAGACGUCCAAACCAAAGAGGCCAUGAGCCAAGCAACAAUGGAGCUGCAGUCUGGUCCAUUCAAAGGGAAAAAACUCACUAUCUGGGAAAUUAUCCACUCUGAAUAUAUUACAGAGGAACAGAGAAUUGACCUGAUGAGGCAGUAUAGGUCUGGAAAGAUUACAAUAGAAAAGAUCAUCACGAUUGUGAUCACCAUUGUAAAUGAGAAAGAGGCUAAGAAACAAGAGCAAGACAGCUUCAAAGGGCUUAGAGCACCUGUCUCUGCCAAGUCACUGUUUGAUUCCAAAAUCAUUGACAAAGCUACGUUUGACAUGCUCCAACAAGGCAAAAAGACACCUACACAGGUCAGCGAAAAUGUCAAUGUAAGCAAGUACCUGCAGGGCUCUGACAGUAUUGCUGGUGUCUACCUUGAACCAACAAAGGAGAAGAUCAGCAUCUAUCAAGCUAUGAAGAAAAAUCUUCUGAGACACAACACAGGCCUGUCACUUCUAGAGGCCCAAGCUGCCACAGGGUUCAUUAUAGAUCCAGUGAAGAACCAGUACCUGUCAGUGGAUGAUGCAGUUAAAGCAGGCAUUGUCGGCCCUGAGCUACAUGAGAAACUGCUUGCUGCUGAAAAAGCAGUCACUGGUUACAAAGAUCCCUUCACGGGCAAAACAAUCUCUCUCUUCCAAGCAAUGGAAAAAGAUCUAAUCAUUAAAGAACAUGUCAUGCCACUCUUGGAGGCCCAACUGAGUUCAGGAGGAAUCAUUGAUCCUGUGAACAGCCACCGCGUUCCUAUUGACGUUGCCUAUCAGAAGAGCUUUUUCAGCAAAGAAAUGACACACAGCUUCUCUAAACCAUCUGACGAUAACAAAGCUUUCUCAGACCCCAAUUCAGGUGAUAAAGUAACAUACAAACAGCUGAAAGAGAAGUGCACUAGAGAUCCUGAUUCAGGCAUGAACCUUCUACCACUUUCCAAGCCACAGGCCCCUACUGUGGUGGAGAAGACAUACCUCUACACGGAGGAACAGACGCAGAAUGACCUGGCCACAACACAAAUUGACCUCCCCAGUUCACUUGAGUCCCUUGCUGGAGGGUCAAAAAGUCUCUGGGACAUCAUGAACUCAAAUCUACUUCCUGAGCAAGAGAGGAAGAAGCUGAUGGAGGAGUAUCGUUCUGGCAGUAUCACUAAAGAGCGCAUGAUCAUCAUCAUUAUUGAGAUUAUGGAGCAGAGAGAGAUCAUCCGAGGUGAAACUGUUAAGUCCUGCAACACAAUCAGACGUAGGGUCACUAUCGAGGAGCUCUACAAUUCCCGUAUCAUUGACCUGGAGACAUUCAACCUGCUGAAGCAAGAUAAAAGAAACAUCCGUGACAUUAUGGAGAUGCAGAGUGUGAAGCAGUAUCUGUUUGGCACGGGCUGCGUUGCUGGUGUCAUAUCUGACUCCACUUCCAGGAUGAGCAUUUAUUCAGCGAUGAAGAGAGGGUUCUUGAAGCCUGAAAUUGCCCUUAGUCUCUUGGAAGCACAAGCAGCAACAGGAUUCAUAAUUGAUCCUGUGAGAAACGAGACACUCACUGUUGAUGAGGCUGUCCGCAAGGGUGUGGUCGGCCCUGAGAUCCAUGACAGACUUCUGUCAGCUGAGAGAGCGGUCACAGGCUACAAGGACCCUUACAGUGGCAAAAUCAUAUCUCUCUUCCAAGCAAUGAAAAAGGACCUUGUUCUGGAGGAUUAUGCUCUGAAAAUGUUGGAGGCCCAGACUGCCACAGGAGGCAUUAUGGAUCCUGAAUUCUACUUCCACCUCCCAGCGGACAUUGCCACACAGAGAGGAUACAUCAACAAGGAAACAAAUGAAAGGCUUGCUGAUGACGUAAAGGGAUUUGUUGACCCUGUCACUGAGGAGAAACUUUCUUAUGCCCAAUUACUCAGGAGAUGCAAGAUUGACCCUACCAAUGGGAUGCGCUUGCUGUCACUGGGAGACAAGAGGCUGACAUUCAAAGGUCUUAGAAAACAGAUCACCAUUGAGGAGAUGUUACGCUCUCAGAUCAUCGACCAACAGACGGUCAAUGAGCUGAAUGAAGGUCUGAUUUCAGUGGAAGAGGUUAGCCGUAGACUCCAAAAAUACCUUGAGGGCACAAGCUGUAUCGCUGGUGUUUAUGUAGAGGGAACUAAUGACCGUCUAUCAGUCUACCAAGCCAUGAAAAAGAACAUGAUCAGGCCAGGAACUGCCUUUGAACUGCUGGAGGCUCAGGCUGCCACAGGCUAUGUAAUUGACCCAAUCAAAAAUCUCAAGCUUACUGUCAAUGAAUCUAUCAAGAUGGGAAUAGUGGGGCCAGAAUUCAAAGACAAGCUUCUCUCUGCUGAGCGUGCCGUGACAGGUUACAGAGACCCCUAUUCCGGAAAGACAAUCUCUCUGUUCCAGGCCAUGAAGAAGGGGCUCAUCUUAAAAGACCAUGGAAUACGUCUCCUUGAGGCUCAGAUUGCCACGGGCGGAAUCAUUGACCCAGAGGAGAGUCAUCGCUUGCCAGUGGAGGUGGCCUACAACCGUGGCCUCUUCGACGAGGAGAUGAAUGAGAUUCUCACAGAUCCAUCAGAUGACACCAAGGGUUUCUUCGAUCCCAACACUGAGGAGAACCUGACCUACCUCGGGCUAAUGGAGAGGUGCAUCACUGACCCAGCUACUGGCCUUGUCCUCCUGCUCCUGAAGGAGAAGAAGCGCGAGAGAAAGACCUCCUCCAAAUCCUCUGUCCGCAAACGCCGAGUGGUCAUCGUGGACCCAGAGUCAGGCAAAGAGAUGACUGUCUAUGAGGCAUUUAGAAAGCAGCUCAUUGACCAUCAGACCUACCUGGAGCUUUCUGAGCAGGAGUGUGAGUGGGAAGAGAUCACACAGACAUCCUCUGAUGGCGUUGUCAAGUCAAUGAUCAUCGACAGACGGUCAGGAAGACAGUAUGACAUUGAUGACGCCCUCGCACGAGGCCUCAUCGACCAGACUUCACUUAGUACCUACCGCUCCGGAAACCUGUCCAUCACUGAGUUUGCUGACAUGCUGUCUGGAAACAUGGGUGGCUUCCGCUCCCGGUCAUCCUCUUUUGGUUCCACCUCUGGUUCCACCUCAUCAUCAUACAAUCCCAUGAGCCCCAUACCCUCCAUUAGACCCCCUGCAAUCAUGUGGAAUGACCCCACGGAGGAGACUGGCCCUGUAGCCGGAAUCCUGGAUACAGACACUUUGGAGAAGGUGUCAGUCACAGAGGCCAUGCACAGGAACCUUGUGGACAAUAUCACAGGCCAAAGACUACUUGAGGCACAAGCCUGCACAGGGGGCAUAAUCGACCCAACUACUGGUGAACGAUUCGCUGUUACUGAGGCAACCGAGAAAGGGCUUGUGGACAAGGUGAUGGUGGACCGUAUCACCCUGGCUUACAAAGCUUUCAAUGGAUUUGAGGACCCAAGAACCAAAGUGAAGAUGUCUGCCUCCCAAGCUCUAAAGAAAGGCUGGCUGUAUUAUGAAGCUGGGCAACGUUUUCUGGAAGUCCAAUACCUUACGGGGGGGCUGAUUGAACCGGAUGUUGAGGGUAGAGUCUCACUGGACGAAUCCAUCAGAAAGGGCACAAUUGAUGCUCGCACUGCUCAGAAGCUGAGAGAUGUGAGCGCUUACUCCAAAUACCUGACAUGUCCCAAAACCAAACUAAAAAUCUCUUACAAAGAUGCCAUGGACAGAAGCAUGGUUGAGGAAGGAUCUGGCCUGCGACUGCUGGAGGCCUCCUCACAGUCAAGCAAAGGGCUGUAUAGCCCAUACAAUGCCAGCAAUUCCGGGUCUGCCGCUGGUUCCCGGUCCGGGUCCAGGACUGGAUCCAGAACAGGAUCCAGAAGAGGCAGCUUUGAUGCCACAGGUUCCGGUUUCAGUAUGAACUUCUCAUCCUCCUCCUUCACCAGCUCCAGCAGUUACGGUGGCCGCAGAUAUGAUGCAGGACCUCAUAAUGGGCUCAACAUGGAUGAGCUAGCCCAAGCCCUUAUGGCUCUAGCAAUGAUCAGGCCAUGCAGCUCAGAAGAACAACGAGCCUUCCCAAUGAUGAUACCAAUGCAUACCACAGUCGCAUAAUUUAUAGGAAAAGAAAUUGACAUUUGAAAAACAAAUAAUUAAUUUAUUCUGCUCAUGUGGUCACAUUCGGAAAUGGCAGGAAGUAAUUAAAUGCAGGUCCUCAUAUAGAUGUCCAAAACAAUGCCUUAUCUCUCCAGCCUUAAUUUCUUAUAACUAUUAGAUAAAUGUAAUGUUUUGUUCCAUUUUAUUGCCAUUUUUAUUGAUUUAGUAAGUCAAUUUAUAUUUUUAGUGCAAAGUAUCGGAUUUAGUUUUUACUUCAUAUAAAGUGAUCACAACUGAUUUUAUAGUUCGCGUUAACACAACUUGUAUACUUAAGCUUUCCGAAACGAAUAUAUGUACUUCGAACCGAUAUAUUUUUCCAGUUUUCUUUUUCUUUUUGAACUUAAGAAUAUUUUUGUCCUCUUUCUUUUAUCUGUUUGCCAAUAUCCUAUGAAAUAUGCCAACAUAGAUAUUAUAGUGACACUUUUAGACGUCUUCAUAUUUCUGAAUGUCUGUAUAGAGUUUGACCCAGAGUUUAUUUUUUUUUAAGUGAAAUUAGUUAUCUGGCAGUGUAAAACAAAUAGUCGCAGAGCAGAAUUAAAAAAAACACUACCUAAACAGUGGACGACGACUGCAACAUUCAAAGUUUAAUGAACUGCUUCCGUGUCCUACAUCACAGACAACAUUGCCCUUUCUGCUCAGUGGACAGACCCAUGUACCAAGUCAUCACCUUAUUCUUUAAUCGCCCACUCCAAAGUUAUGAACUAUUAUACCCAUCAUUACGGACUACUAUACCCACCAUGUACCUCUUGUCAAGUGUUCCUGGUAGACUGUCCUCAGAAGAUGUCAGGCUUCACCAUGCUUCCUCUGACAUUAGAGGCAAAGAUCUGCAUCCUGGAUGUUGCUUUGGUUCUUAUGUCUCAUUCCAUCAGAAUUCGAUGGGGAUUUGCAGAUACUCAGAUGGACAUGGCUGAUGAGUCUCUUAACAGGGACGAUAUCCCAAUUCAACAGCUUCACCAUCCAGAAAUGCAGAUCUGCCAUUGAGUACCUUGCUUCCAUUGCACCUCCCUCAUUUUUGAAGACAGUUGAGGCUUGUGACCCCUGAAGUCUCCCUGGGAUACCAUACUAGGAACAAACUCCAUUAAUUUUUUGUUUUGUCCAACUUUCGUACUUGAAUAUUGAUCAUAAUCCCCCCAUUUUGGAUUACACCUCUUACACAUGACUAUGUUUAUGGGCUUUCACAUGGUCAGCGCCAUGAAGAUGAAAUGCAAUGUAAUUCUUAAUUUUCUGUAAGCAACAUCAAUGUAACAUCAGUCAGAACCAAAGUAAAUAGUUGCUGAGAUGACAUUGCAAUAUCUGAUCUGAUACGACAAUACAUUGAAUGAAUGUACAUAUUUUAUAGGAUGAGUACAUUUCAAGACAUUUUCUGACAUUUUAGAUAUUUCCUUUGCAAAAAUGAUUUUGAAGCUUUGUCAUAUGUCGCUUUUCAACCAGUAUUGGUAUGUUUUCCAUACCAAGUAUGUUUGUUUUCUGUUCUGCUUCUAGGAAGUGUUUUACUUCUGUAAAUCUUCAUUUUCAUUUUUCAUCAUAUUUGUCACAUCUUAUAUAAUACAUUUUUGCUUUGCAUGUUUUAUUAACUUGGUAAAUAAAUAUUAUUGGGGGAAAAUUAUUGUAAGAAGAAGAGAAUAGGACAUGAAUCUGCUCUGCAAAACUUGUUUUGUUAAAUGCAGAUUUAAGUGGUAACAAGAUAUUUAAUCAAAACUAACUGGUUGGUUUUGCUCAUUAACAUAUUUUUGUGUUGAGUGGCAUGGUGAGUGGAAUCUGGUGUAUGUUUUGAUGAUAACACUUUAAUGUAAAUAAAUGUGCUUUAAAAAGGUAA